GUUGCUACCUUUUUUCUUUAUUUCUCUCUCUCUACAUCUCCCUCUCUCUCGCUCUCUCUCUCUCUAACCUGUUUCACAUAGCCACUGUUCCAUUAAUUCAAAGCCCACUCUACCUACAACAAUGCCUACUUCUCUCCUCAUGGCGGCCAAUGACCAUCAACCCACAAACCCACCGCCCCCCCAAGAUCACGAUCACGAUCUCCACCCAGUACGCCGUAGUUCUGGGAGGAGGAAGCCCAGGGGCUGCGACGGAUCAUCUGCUGGGUCGUCGCAGAAGAAGAAACAACCGCAGAGAGGGAUGGGAGUUGAGAAGCUUGAGCGGUUGAGGAUGCAAGAAAGAUGGAAGAAAAUGACUGAAAUCAACACGAAAAACCAGGGUUUUACUGCACCCUCAUUUCCUGAUCCUGCUUUGAUCAAUGCUUCUUCUGUUCCUGUUCAGAUUUCCAAGUUGGGUGGCUUUGCGGCUCCGGGUGUCCCCCAAAUGGGUUUGAGUCAGAACCAGAGUUAUCUGGGUUUUCAUGGGCAGAUGGGUGUUGGUGGGUUGGCUUCUGAUCAGCCUCAUCAUCACACGGAUCUGUUUGGAAUUGGGUGUUUGAAUAAUUCGGGUUUUGUUGGUAAGAAUGUGAGUGGGAUCUCUAAAGAGCUCUCUUCCACCCCAAAUGCUGUCAACUGCUACUCCGAACACUGUAAUGCUUGCCACAAGAAAAAGAAAGUAAACGGUGAGAACUGGGGCGGCGGUAGAGCUGUGAGAUCAGACAUGUACACGCAAAUGUGCAACGUUGGAGACUGCGGAUUCUUGGGGUUAAACACAGGAGACAAUCAGAAUAUCAUCAACCAAGAUAAUCAUCAGGGCCUUGGAACAAAAACACUUUCGGUACCUCAUCAGGUUGGAAAUGGCAAGCAGGGCGUAGAGGUUGUGGCAGUGCACAUGAAAGGAUCAGGAUCAGGUGGUUGGGAGGGUGGGAAUCAAGUGUUGAUGGAGUAUGAGUUCUUUCCCUCAGCAGGAGCAGGGAAAGGUGGCGAUGAGGUGGUGCAGCAGGAGGGAGGUUCAUCGUCAGAAGCUUCUUCUGGAUGGAUGGCUGGAUUUGAUCAUGCCUCAAUCAAUUGCAUUGAUCUUUCUCUGAAGCUCUCUUAUUAGCUAGGUAGGUAGGGUAGGAAAGUGGGAUACUGGAUAUAUACAUACACCUGCAGCAGCUUCUCAUGUUUUUAGUUUUUGUCUUGAAACAUUUCAGUGAAAUGCGUCUUCUCCACACCACUAAAA